GUGCUGUUUCCAUUGAAACCUGUUUUUCGAGUUCCUGCAGGAGGUUACUGAUUGCUCGGAAGUGGCACCAUAGCCUUCGUAUCGUGAACUGUAUCGGUACGGAGACGCUCACUCUACGUGUGCUCCGUGUCCUCCUCAGCAUCGACGCCUUCGUGCUGCUUCCUUCCUGCGGCAAAGAUCGGCUUUGUGCUUUGUGCCCCAUUUUUUUUUCUUGGAUUUCUUCAGCGUGUCUGUAACGGCCUUUUCUUUUCCUUUUCCCUCCCUUUUUUUCAUACUUUCUUUUGCGUGAUUAAAAAAGCGCUUUUCGCCAUUUUUUCUUCAUCGUUUCUUUAACGUUUUAAUUCACUUCGUCGUCGUGCUCGUUAGUGGUGCUUCCACUGUGCUGCUGCGCCAUUUACGGGCGGACGUUUGCUGCCCGUAGCAGCGGUCACCAGAGGUGCCCUUUGGAGCCAGCCAAAAUAUGUUUGUCGAUUUCUUCUUUGCUUUUCAGUUUUCAAAAGCGUAGUUAACCUUCUUCGUUAUACCAUUCGUGCAUUUCUUCUCUUGAUUUACGUGCACGCACACACCGUUGCUUUACCUUCCAUAUAUCCAUAUUUUGUCUUUCAGGUUUCGUUAGGCGUUUCGUUUUAGCUCGCUGCCUCUUUGAAGCGCUCAUUCUCUACUUUGCUGUUGAUCUCUAUUGUAUUCCUCUCCGUGCGGCCGCACGGUGCGUUGUGAUGACACAAAGCGACACGUCUCACACGGCGGAUGCGCUCCCCGUUGAUGAAGGAGUGGAUAGCUUGGGCGUGCCGGGAGGUGUGCGUCCGCCGAAGCAGUCCAGCACGGUAGACACGACGAUGGCUCUUUUAACGGUGCCGUGGGUUCUGUGCACGGCGUGCCUCGUCGCGGUCAUUCUGUACGUGAAUGUGCACAACUUCUCCGUCGACGGCACACUCAAGUCAGCUGCACGGGCGGAGGGCGUUCUCGGUGCUGUGCCCAACACGCAUCGCGACACCGCCCGCUACACGCUGCUCGCCGUGAGCAUCGCUGUCUUUCUCCUGCACCUAGGACUGUCCUAUCUUCUCUUCCGCCAGGCCUACCACAUCUUGUCGGGCGUCAGUGCAUCGCUGCUGGACCUCUCCACCAUGGUUGAGAUGAUCCACAGGCUGCGCUGCGGCAUUUUCUUCUUUGUCGAUUCGGUGCAGCGUGCGCGAGGCGUGGCGGAGUCUGGGCGGUACUGGGUGAUGGAGUUCUCAUCUUUUAAGGAGAUCAGCGCAGCGGAGGAGGCUCUCAACGCUGUCAGCCUGCACAUGUCGACACAGCAGGCCGACGCGGGCAGGCAGACCGCCGAGAACGACGGCGACGGACCGACGCUGCACACGUCUCCCUCAGUCUCCGGCUCCUUUCAGCGCAGCUUUUUACAGUCGCUGUCGUUCUUCCCCGCCGCCCAGCUGUCUGCCGCAGCGGCAGAAAUGUCGGCCUUUCGACGGAGCAACGGCGCGUACGGCAACGACGUCUUCAGUCAUCCUCUCGCAGAAUCCUUCGUGUCGCAGCCCGGCAGGGCCCGACAGGUCUCUCCGGGACUUGAGCUGUCCUUUUCUACGGAGUUCGUUGCGAGUGCGCGUCCAUUCGAUCUGACGCUUCGCGGCCGCCACGUGGCGCUGCUGCAGAUCUCCUUCUUGACCUACCGUCAGUUGAUGCAGGGGGAGGCGGACGCGGUGGUGCACAUCACGAACAAAUUUCUUUCUGCCGUGCUGCUGUGCGUGCGCCGCUUCGACGCCCACCUCGUCGAGCUCUACAACGACUCCGCCAUUCUGUCUUGGAAUGGAUUUGUGGAAAGCUCCGGCGACUACGUGCUGACCUGCGCGCAGUGCGGAUGCUGGCUCUACCAGAACUUUCUGCAAGGCCUCAAGGAAGAAGAGAGCGGCGCCUUCUUUAACCUGGCUGGGUACGCCGGCCACGUUGUGUGCGGCACCACGAGCGAGCACUCGUACGUGCUGCACGGCCGGCCGGUGACAAUUCUACGCGAGCUGCCCUCGUUGCUGGAGCAGCGCUACUGCAAGUACGUCUGGAUCGGUGCCUCUCCGCCGCCAAACACGCAGGACAAUUUCCCGUGUGUGCAAUGGGGCAGCGUCCUCGCUGAGCAAAACUUUUCUCUCGACCUUUACGUCCUGGGCGCGCCGCCCGACGAUCUGAGGUGCAGCAACAGGCAGCAGCGGGUGUGGCACGCGCCGGAGUGGAAGGUCUUUGGGGAGGAGAGCGCCUGUAUGGCAGAGGCACGCGGUGCAUCCCUCAGCGCGGUGGACACAACGGACGAAGAGAGGGGGGGAGCAAAAGUCGUAGAGCGCCCCUCCAACACCAUUCGCGUCGUCAACAACAGACCUGUUGCCCUCAAAGAAGGCAACGGUCUCCCGCAGCUUGAGACCUUUUACGACGGCAACAACAUUCUCUACCAGCUGUCGAAUACACUUCUCGGAGAAUCGAAGUCGUGCGUCGUGCGCCUCGCCCUCUCCCACAACGGCAUCCUCGUUGCCGUGAAGGAGAUCAAAAUUGAGCGCGGCGACGUGAGUACGAUGCGACGUCGCCGUUACCAGCGGGAGAAGCGCAUUGUUGUGGCGCAGGGCGAUCGACUGGAGUGGAUGAAUGAAGUGCGCAUUAUGGAGCAGCUGCACCACACCUGCAUCGUGGGCUACAUCUCGUUUCAAGAGACCUACGAUAAGCUUCGCAUCGUGAUGGAGUACGUUGGCGGUGGCAACCUGCUUCAGUUCGUGGCAUCAGACUCACAGGAAGGGGUGGGGCGACCACCGAUGGAGGUGCUGCUGCGGAGUGUAUUGGAGGGCAUCGACUUCCUGCACCGCCACGGCAUCCUUCACGGCGACAUCAAACCGCAGAACGUGUUGGUGCCCGAUUCAGGUCCGUGCAAGAUCGCUGACUUCGGCAUCUCGCGCCGCGUCUCGCACGCCUCCACGCACCCGGUUGAGGGCACACCGUUUUACAUGGCUCCAGAGGCCACGCGUGGGGAGGCGACCAUCGCCUCCGACAUUUGGAGCUUUGGGAUUAUGAUGGCGGAGGUGCUGACCGGCCGCCUGCCCUACGACCCUGACAUUUCAGAUUCGUACUUGAUCGCGCAGUUCAUGUUCGGCGGCGACGUCGAGCGGCACCUCUGCACACCGCUGGAGCCCGCUGCCAACGACGUCUUUCUUGCGUGCACCCAGUACGACUUCACUGCGCGAAAAACCGCGAGCGAGCUUCUCCAGAUGCCCUACUUUGAGAAGAAGACAAAAACUACCUCGAUGGACUCACGGUAG